CAGUACAAUUAAUGCUAUCCGCAGCUACAAAAUCAAGGUCAUCUGCACUUUGCCCUUCCCGGAAUUUCCUUUCAGGAAUGGCCAGUCCGGCUGGCGUUGUUCGCAACUAUUACUGCCAUAGCUGCGAGUCUGAAGUCCAGAUUAAUUUAAAUGAUUUUACAUGUUUACACUGUCAUUCGGGUUUCAUAGAGGAAAUACGCUCCAGGUCAAGGGAUGACUCCUUUACGACAGAGUCAUUUCAGCCAGAAAACCUUCUACAAAACCUCUUCGGGGACUUCGCCUCCGUGGCAUCGUUUAAUGGUAGCGAUCCAGAAGAUGACAUGGCAACAGAGUUUGAAGUCCCCCGCACUCGAAGAGGUGGAAGAAGAUCUGGGGGCUCCAGACUUAAUCCUAGCGCUGAGCGUAUUACCAUAAGGCUCUCGUCCCAGCCGAACGGUGCUCCUGGUGGUGUCCGUUUAGCCUCAACUUCAAAUCCGUUCCUGCUGCAGUUACUAUCCGGCUUUAAUUCCCUGCAUGGUGAUGUGCGCGAUUACACACUUACCCAAGAUCUUUUCGACAACGUGCUCUCCUUUCUCGCUAACCAACUUCGCGUUGGUCCCCCUCCUGCAUCUGAGGCCGCGAUUGGGCGGUUGCCAGUCUCAACAGUAACGGAAGAACUUCUGAGUAGUCACAAAACCUGCUCCAUUUGCUUUGAGGACUACAAAUUAUCGGAAACCGUCACCCAACUUCCCUGUCAACAUAUCUACCACACUUCUUGUGUAAACACUUGGCUCAAACAGCAUGCUACCUGCCCUAUCUGCCGGAAGGAUUUGAAUGGCAGAGACACUUCUUGUAUGGAAGAUGUGCAAACUACUGGGAUCGAUGAUGCUGCCGGAACUUCCAGCUCCUCAUGAUCACCGCUGCCCUAUUCGCAGACGUGAUUCAUCAACCACCGACAUUUGCUGAGCGUCUUGAACCCACCACGCGCCUCGUUUAGUGCUACACAACCAGCUCCUUAUCACAAUUACCGCACCAGUUUUCUUUCACACACACGGGUGCAGCUCUUACUCUUAUUGUCGACGAUCGCUCGCGGAUAAUUGGCGUACACUUAUUCUUCUGUGUGGACGCUUUUGUCUCUCAGUCGUUCAAUUUUGCUGCGCAUUGCAUGCACACAUUUUACCUACUGUUUUUGAUCAACGGUUCGUGAGAGUGUGCGGCUGCAUAUUUUCCUUAAGAAUAUGCUUAUCCUUCUGCCCUUCACAAAUCACUUUGGGGUUCUCAUAUUAUCAGUCCGUGCACACUCUUCUUUUCCGAUACGCUCACUCUGUUACUCGAAGUCAACUGGUUGCCCAUGUAAACGGUUUCAAGCAAGGCAGGCUUCGGUAUACAUCGAUUUUUCUGCUUCUUGAAGCUUGCCUGCUCAUGUGUACACAGUUGCCUAUGAGGGCAUGAGCUCAGUGUUUUUAAGAUCGUUGGGUGUCGAUUAGUUUCCGACACUGGUUCUUAUGUGUGAUUUGUACUUAGGUGUGUUUGUCUCACACCUCGCCUCAGAUGCAUGUCUGUCUCAUACCAUCUUGAAGAGCGGAGAUAAAUAUUGUGAGCUGUUCAGAAAAUUUUUUUGGGUGCAUAUUGCAUAUGCUUCUUAUUCGCGGUAGAAAGAAUGGACGCGCCCACACCCAUUUUUGAAUCACACUCCACCCAGGAGAGCUUAAGCGACUGGCCUUAUCUUUCUACUCUUUUCGCUUAUGACGUCGCUUCGCUUCUCUCAAUAUUCUUUAACUGUCUUAAUGCCUACUCACUUUUCGUGCCUCGAAUUCGUUUGAGGCCUGAAGCUGUUUUUCCAGUGCACUGUGUUAUAUUCCUGCUGACAUCACGAAUAACGGAUACGUUUAUUCGAACUUCAGUGUAAGCGACUUCCCGAAUCAGAAACCGAUGGCUUCGAAAAUGCCCUUAAUUGGGCUGGGAAAAUACAGCGUUAUUAAUAGUCAAA